AAGGCGGGUGGAGGAGCAGCGAGAAGCGAAAAUGUUUGACAAAGUUGUGGUGGUUGACUGCAGGGGCCACCUGCUUGGAAGACUCGCUUCCAUCAUCGCUAAAGAGCUUCUCGGAGGUCAGCAUGUUGUUCUUACAAGAUGUGAGGAGCUCAACAUCAGCGGAAGCUUCAUCCGCAACAAGUACCUCUUCAUGUCCAUGCUCCGCAAGAAGAAGAACAGCAACCCUUCCAAGGGUCCUUACCACUUCCGAUCCCCUGCAAGGAUGGCGUGGAGGGUUAUCCGUGGUAUGAUGCAGCACAAGUCUCCUCGCUGCCAAGCUGCCCUUGACAGACUCAAGGUGUUUGAGGGCAUUCCUCCUCCCUAUGACAAGGUCAAGCGCGUGGUCAUUCCGACAGCGCUUCGCAUCCUCCGCCUGAAGCCGAAUAGGAAAUACACCAACCUCGGACGCAUGUGCUCUGAAGUCGGAUGGAAGCAUUGGGACACCAUCAAGGAGCUUGAGGAGAAACGCAAAGUCAAGGGAAAUGCAUUCUGGGCGAAGAAGAAGGAAGCAAUUCAGAUGAGAACUAAGGCCAUGAAGCAAGCAGCACAGGAUCCUAAGGUCAAGAAAGUUCAGAAAAUUCUUGACAUGGUAGAGAACCCUUCAAUGGCUUAAGUUUGCUCAAUCAUGACCAUCAAGUAAAUCACAGUUCGCAA